AUGUAAAUGCUGUCGAUCCAUCAAGAACAUGAUUUUAAGGAUGAGGUUUUGCCCUCUUGCAGACUUCCUCUUCCUUGAGAAAAGAAGUGCUUUCUUUUUUUCUUUUUUUUUUCAAAUUGAUUGGAUAAUUAAUUACGGUUUGAUUUGAUGUAGAAAGUUCAUAGAGCGUUCGACUUUUCGAUCCCUUUUGUGUGUCUGUGUUGGAAUUAAGAUUUCUACGAUGAGCAAGAGCACAUAUUUUCUUCCUCAGGAUUGUUGCAAUUCCGAGGUUGACCUCAACGCCAUCGAAGCAUUGGUUCAUCGACAGUAUCAGGAGAUGUUAUGGGGGCAUCAUCAUCUUCAUCUUCAUCAUUUAGGAGGUGAAUCAGAUUUGCCGAGUCGAGAUCUUGGUGACCUAAAUGGAGAUCUUGGAGCUCCUAAUUCCAUGGCCAACGUUAACGCAGCAGCAUCUCUGCAGACAAAACCAACGGUUAAAAAGGACAGACACAGCAAAAUAUUCACUUCCCAAGGACCCAGGGACCGGAGAGUACGUCUCUCCAUAGACAUUGCACGGAAGUUCUUCGAUCUUCAAGAAAUGCUAGGUUUCGACAAGCCCAGCAAAACCCUCGAUUGGCUGCUCACCAAAUCGAAAGCAGCCAUUAAAGAGCUCGUGCAUACCAAGCAGAAAGGCAGCGGUUCUGAUUGCAAUGAAGCUUCUGAAGAAGGCGACGAGGAGGAGGACGCCAUUGAAACACUGAACAAGAACUCGUCAGGACCGAAUUCGAGGAAGAAAUCCUCCACCCAUUGUCGAAAAUCGAAGGAUCAGAUGCAGCAACAGGAGGCACAUAAUGCGAAGGAAUCGAGAGCCAAAGCCAGAGCAAGAGCUAGGGAAAGAACAAGGGAGAAAAUGUGCUUGAAGCAGCAGCUAAGUGGAUCCAGUUCAGAUUUGAAUCCCUUCCAACGUAGGGAAAAUAAUCGAUUCGAAGAUUUCCAAUUAUCUGCUGCAGGUUCGAGUAGCAACAACCUUUCCUCCAUUUUUGAUCCAAAUUCGGGACUUUGUGACCCCAUCCUCAAUUGUGCCCUACCCAAUAAUCAAGAAAUCCAAAGGAAGACGAAGAACAACCCUUCGAUUUUGGGGCUGCAUCAAAACCUAAUUUUUUCAAAUGAUUUCAGUUCUUCAAGCUACAACAGUAUCCCAUCUGAUGUUAAUGCUUCUGAGAAUUGGGAUUUAUGUAGCUUUACCUCACAAUCCACCAUGCCUGCCGUUUGGGAUGAUCACCACAACUUCAUCCAAAGGACUUCAAGCGGCCAAUAGGAAGCCACAGGACUAUUUGUUGCUGAUCACCAGAAGAACAUGUAAGUUUUGCUACCUACCUUAUACUUGAGCAACCUUAAAAUGUGUGAGGAUGUAAUAUUAUUAAUUAUAUUAUCAUUCAUGCUUU